CUCUCCGGUUAGUAAUCAUUCACGGCAUUUUUAGACGGAAGGGCGACUAAAUUAGUUAAUUUUAUGAAAGGUUGAAGAUUUUGCUGUGUGCAGAUAUUUUACUCCUUUAAAAUAUUGAAGAUCAUGGGAUUACCCAAGGUUCAAGAAAUGAAAGAUUUUGAGAAUCCUGAACCACAAAGUAAAAUAGAUGAAACCAGUCUGACUGGUAGCAUGAGUUCUGAUGCAAGCAGCGAUGACUUCAAGACAGAAAGAGGAAACUGGAAGGGAAAGAUGGACUUCCUCCUGUCAUUGAUUGGCUAUGCUGUGGGACUUGGAAAUAUUUGGAGAUUUCCUUAUCUUUGUUACAGAAGUGGAGGAGGAGCAUUUUUGAUACCAUACUUGUUCUUUAUGGUGGUGUGUGGUAUGCCACUUUUUUUUAUGGAGAUUGCAUAUGGUCAGUUUGCUAGCUUGAGCCCUGUCACCAUCUGGUCAAUAAGUCCAUUAUUUAAAGGUGUUGGUUAUGGUAUGGUUAUUAUAUCUGGUAUUGUUUGUAUCUACUAUAAUAUUAUUAUAGCAUGGACGCUAUAUUAUUUAUUUGUCUCCAUGCAAUCUGUUCUGCCAUGGAGUAAUUGUGAUAAUGAUUGGAAUACAGAACAAUGUGCUUUAAGUGGGUCCAUGAAUAGCACAGUAUCUAAUUAUUCAACAAAUGGAAACUUUUCAUCAUUUAUGUUAAAUAGUACUUUAAUGGCUUCAAAUGUAACCAAGAUUCCACCAAGUCAGGAAUUUUGGCAAAGACAAGUUUUACAACUUACUGAAGGUAUUGAGAAUCUUGGUGGUAUUAGGUAUGAAUUGCUUGGUUGUUUAGCUCUGGCCUGGGUCAUUGUAUUUCUGUGUUUAUGUAAAGGUGUUCAAUCCUCUGGAAAAGUUGUAUAUGUAACUGCUACCUUUCCCUACCUGGUUUUAGUUAUUCUAUUAGUACGAGGUGUAACUUUACCUGGCGCCAUGGAUGGUCUUAGAUUCUACCUGAUUCCUGAUUGGGACAAACUCUUUACAUUAAAGGUAUGGGGUGAUGCUGCUGUACAAAUAUUCUAUUCUAUGGGUAUGGCUUGGGGUGGUUUAAUUACCAUGUCUUCUUACAAUAAAUUCAAUAAUAAUGUUUACAGAGAUGCUAUUAUGGUCCCGCUGAUGAACUGUGGUACAAGUAUUUUUGCUGGUUUGGUUAUUUUCUCGAUUCUGGGUUUUAUGGCUAAAGAAACUGGUGUACAUAUAUCUGAGGUCGCUACACAAGGUCCAGGUUUAGCUUUUGUUGCCUACCCAGCAGCCAUUUCCAGAUUACCAAUAUCUCCAUUGUGGGCUAUUUUAUUCUUCUUAAUGUUGUUGACCGUUGGUCUCGACACACAGUUUGGUAUGUUUGAAACUAUGACCAGUGCCUUUGUGGAUGAAUUUCCUCAGUUUUUGAGAAACAAGAAAUUGAUCUUCACAGUUGUCAUGUGUUUGGUGGAGUUUGUGUUAGGUAUUCCAUGUAUCAUGCAGGGUGGUGUGUACAUUCUACAGAUCAUGGAUUGGUAUGCUUCUUCCUUUUCCCUUAUGUUAAUGUCUCUUGCUGAAUGUAUUGUAAUUGCAUGGGUUUAUGGAGCUGAUCGAUUUUACAAGGAUAUUGAAUUAAUGAUUGGAUACCAACCUUGUAUUUGGUGGAAGAUUUGCUGGAAAUUCAUAACACCUAUUAUCAUUCUUAGCAUCUGGAUAUUUAGUGUUGCUUCUUUGGAACCUGUGUCAUACAAAGACUACCAAUAUCCAGCAUGGGCUAUUGGAUUUGGUUGGGCAUUAAGUUUAGUCUCAUUUUUGCCUUUACCAGUGUUAGCUAUUUAUCAGAUUUAUCAUGAAGAAGGACCUCUGUUACAGAGAAUUAUACAUUUGUCCAAGCCAGCAUCAAAUUGGGGUCCAGCUUUACAAAAACAUCGAGAAGAAUAUCUGGCAACACUAGAGCCAAGACAACGACCUGCAUUUACACCAGUUACUGCCCCUAUCUAUCUACCUACCACCAUUCCUACCAUUUGUGAAAAAAGUGCAGCACCUUUUCCAGAAGAGGUUACUUUAUUAAGUUCCCGUGAAAAUAUUUCAGGUCCAGAUUCAAAAUGCUAGUCAAAAGUUUGAAUUUACCAUGAAUCCAAAGAAAUCAAAAUUUAAUGUCAAGAAACAAACAAAAAUUUCACUUUACCAUUUUAUGAAUUGAGCGUUUUAUUUGAGGAUUUUUUUCCUGGUGAAUGUAGGUGGUCACUAUAUUAUUUUAAAGUAUUUUUACUCAGUCUAAUUCUAAUUAAGUUAGUGUAUGUAUACAUUCAUUUUUUUUUUAUAAACCUUCAAAAUACAGUACAGUUAAAAGCAUUAGAUAAUAAGAUUUGUACAGUACAAGUCUCCUUCAAUAUCACAGAAACUGACACCCUGUUGAAUGAUAAACCAAUGACCUAGCCAAUCAAAUAAACAGUUAUUAUUUAUUCAUGUCAUCAUUAUCAAUCAGUUGGUAAGCAUCUUAAGUCUAGUUUAAGUGAUUUGAAAUUGCAAAAGUAUAUAUUUGAGGUUAUUAAUUUGAAUUAGAUUGAGAAUUUUCAUUUUGUAUAAUAUGUUAGAAUUGAAUGAUUGUAUCAGUGGGUCAUAUAUAUACGAUAAUUUCUUCAAUCAUGUUCAAGGAUUACCAGAAAAGAGCACAUCUAAUUAUAUUAGUAACCUUCAAUAGCUAUACUACAUUUAGUGUAUGAUUCUUAGUUUAAAAUUAUAGUUGAAAGUCUGAAUUGAUUGUCAUUGAAGUUGACUGACUAAAGUUGAUAGCUAUAGUGGGUUAUUACUACGCAAAUUCCAAAAUGAUAAUUGGUGUCCUCAGUAUGAUUGAAGAAAAUUGUUUUAUACAAUGAGAUAUUUUAUAUUGUUUUGAUGUGGUUUUUGAUGUAAUGAUCUAUCCAUGUUAUACAUGGUCAUUUUUGUUGCGGUGGUCAGAAGUUUUAAAAGUUGAUACUUAUAGACAAUGAACCAGCCACUGUGGUAUCAUAAUUAAUCUACAAAAUUAAAAAUAUCUGAAUAAUGCUGUUUUCCAAUCAUGCCAUCCAUAAAGGCAAUCAUUAACACCCCUAAAAAAUGCUUUCUUAAUACUCUAUUUUAAAAUCCAUGUCAAAUUCAGUGUGUAAUGUUUGUUUUUAAGUGCAAAUCAAAUGUUAUUUAGUUGUGGUAAUGUUGUACCAAAUACGAGGGCUGACAAAAAGUUCUAAGCCUGAAAAGGAUAGAUGUGCUGGGUUGAAACAAAAUUUUGCCACCAACAAGUACAGUCAUUGAAUGAAUCAUAGACAUAAGAACUGCAAUUGUAGUGUUAUUAUUGUCUUCUUACCAAGCCAUCUUGUAAACCUACCCAUUGAAUUCACCAAAAAAUGGAAAAAAAUUGCUAUAGGGCAAUUAUCAAGUACCUGAAACUGAAACGACUAACCCCAACCAACACAAGAACCUGACGAUGACCUGCGUCCUGGAAGGCCAUCAACAGUAACUAAAAAAAAUUACCUGGGUCCAUGACAUGGUGAUGGCUGAUCUAUGAUUGACCACUCAACAUAUUGCCAUGAGAGGGUUAAGCACAUUAUCUCCAAUGAGUCAUCACUUUUAACCUGAAUCCAAAAUUCAGUCAUUUUCCUAGUAAUGAUGAUUUUUUUAGGGUGGCUGAAGGGGACUAUAUAGGAAAAUAAAUGGAAACCAUUGACUUUGUACAGGUCUUUCACAGAUAUGCUUAGAACUUUCCAGCCAGCCAUCAUAUUAUUUUAACUUUCAUGUAUUAGAGGAUAAAUACCAAAGAAUUAAAGAUUAAACAGAUAAUGAAUUUCGACAAAGAGUGCAACUGCUGUCAAUUUAAAUUUGCCUUUAUUUUGUACUUCCACCAAAGGGAGAAAUUUACUCAAAAAUUAUGUGCCAUAAAUGUGUCUGUAACAUUUAUACACCUUUAAUUGCACGCAGAUAAUAUGCUGUCAUUGGAAGUGGUGUUAUUGUGUUUUUCUGAAAACAAAUAAGUUACAGCCAGUCUUAUUAUUCAUGGGAUUUGAUUAAUGUUAAAAAAAAGAGCAUUAGAUAUUUUCCCUAUAUUUGGAAUCAAAACUCUUCAUUUUUCAUUGGUGGUACAUAUUAGAAUUUGGAUAUAUAUGGAAAUUACUGCCAUAUUCCUGUUCAUUAAUAAUCCACCCGAGAAAUUUUAAUUGACAAGUUUAUGCCAAACUAAUAAUUAUCAUCUUAUUAUCAGGUAAUAUUUUGUGUACAUUUUCUUAAAAUUUUUAUUUGAUAUAUUAAAAAGGUCCGACCAAAGAGUUAUUGUUUAAAUUAUGUCAAUUUCCAGAUAUUAUCAAUAAACUUAACUUACCCCACUAAGCCUUCUUUUUGUCAAUGACCAAUUUAUCAAAAUACUUUAACUGACAGAACAAUGACAAUGUUUUUAAUUACUGUAAUAUUUAUUUCAUAAUUAUCCCCCGCCUUUCGAAGAAAGCGGGAAACUAUUAAAAUGGGUCUGUCUGUCCAUGCAUCUGUCUGUCUGUCUGCCUGCCUGUCUGCCCAUCACACUUUUUGGGAUACAAUAACUCUGCUUCUAAUUGACCUUAAAUUUUCAAACUUGGUAUAGGUGUUGAUUAUGUGAAUGCCUUGACUGAGUUCGAUAUGAGAAUUUUUUGCUUAGGUUAAGCAGAGAUAUGCAAUUUGAUUGGUCGAUGCUUUGGGACAUUAUAACGUCUAAUUAAGCCAGAGUAAUGAAACUAGUUUUAUAGUUUCAUUGAGUAAUGAAACUAGUUUUAUAGUUUCAUUACAUCAAUACCUUGACUGUGGUAAAACUUGGCGUAGAUCAUCAUGUCAUCUAAUGCCUUUUUCCAUUUGGCGGGGGACAUCGCUGUUGGCUUAUUUUACAUUAUUAAGAUUGUUGGUAAUCAUGGGAGUAUUGGAAAUAACAAUAGAAUUGUAUUGAAACUUCGGUCAUUCUUAUUGCCACAUAUAAAGUUGUUACAGAAUGACCAUAUACUUACUAUAUCUGGCAACUAGUUCAUGAUUUUAGAAUGUGGUAGUAGUUUUACCUGGUUCAGAGGUUGUCUGAAGAUAUAUCACUUUGUAUUUUGUAUAUUCUAUAGUCUGUUCAGUUAAACUAUGUUCCAUAUGCUCCAUGUGAAGUCACUUUAAAUAUUGUCUGUCAAUGAAACAAAAUUAAAUUUUACAUGAUUUGAUUACAUAGUGUCAUAGCUCAAAAUUAAUCUUCUGAUACUCACAAUUUUUGUAUUUAAUGUCAAAAUUUUCCUUUUAAUAUUUAAAGGGGGAACUAAUUAUAUUACUUGUUUUAAUCAUGUCACAUUUUUUGUGAAAUUAUUUUAUUUAAAAUAAACAUAUCAACUCAAAUAUGUGGGUAUUUAA